UUUACAACUCUAAUUCUUUUACUUUGACCACGAAAGGCAAUUAAUUAUUCGUAAUUACUAACAGGCCAAAGAAUUGCCAUCCGACUCAGACGGCCCCCGGCGGCCUUGUGAGUGUGUCCCUAUAUAUAAUGAGCAAAGAGAAAGGCGGCGAGAGAAGAAGCCGGCUCCAAGUACUGACCACUCACCUCUCUCCCAUGGCUUCUGAGAAGGAAGCCGCCCUUCUCGCCGCCGUUCUCUCCGCCGAUUCUCCCACCAUAUUUGACAAGAUUAUCAAAAAGGAAAUUCCCGCGAACAUUGUUUACGAGGAUGAUCAGGUUUUGGCUUUCAGGGACAUAAACCCCCAAGCUCCAGUGCACAUUCUCCUCAUUCCAAAGGUUAAAGAUGGGUUAUCCGGGCUCUCCAAGGCCGAGGAGAGACAUUGCGAGAUACUUGGUCGCCUUGUUUACACUGCAAAGCUUGUAGCUAAACAAGAAGGCCUGGAUGAAAAUGGAUUCAGGCUUGUGAUCAAUGACGGGAGGGACGGAUGCCAAUCUGUUUACCAUCUUCACCUUCAUCUUCUCGGAGGAAGACAGCUGAACUGGCCACCGGGCUAAUUGACUCGGGGAGAUUGAAUCUCUCAUCCUCUUUGAAUCACGAUGGUAUUGGCGGGUCUCAUUAUAAUCUAUGCACACUUCGAUUCACCCCUACCCCCCCACCCCCUCUUCUCAUUUAAAUAAGCCCCCCCUAUUGUGGUUUGUGACAGACUAGAAGUACACUCAGGGCUGUAUUAAUGGCAAUGCACUCUCCUCUUUUCAUUAUCUCAACAUAAAGAUGAAAGAACAUGGGAAGUUUUAAGAACGAUUUUACCGAGUAUUGGAUUCAAAAACAAAAAAAAAGAAGUCUUCCCC